AGCUGGAGGUUGAAAAAGACGACCAGGUGUUGGGCCGCAUGGGACCAGGCAAGGCGUUCGGAGAGUUGGCCAUACUCUACAACUGCACCCGCACGGCAAGCGUCAAAGCGGUGACGAAGGCCAAGGUGUGGGUGCUGGACCGACGCGUCUUCCAGGCGAUCAUGAUGAAAACUGGACUUCAGAGGCAGGAGGAGAACAUCCAAUUCCUCAGAAGCGUCCCUCUACUGCAGACACUUUCCAACGAAAUCCUGGCCAAGAUGUCGGACGUACUGGAAGUGGAUUUCUACCCUCCUGGCGUUUACAUCAUUCGACAGGGGACUUCGGGGGAUACUUUCUUCAUAAUCAGCCACGGAAAUGUGAAGGUCACGCAGCGGAUCGAAGGCACUAACCAGGAGGAGCAGAUCCGUGUUCUUGGCCGGGGAGACUACUUCGGCGAGCAAGCGCUGUUGAGAGAAGACAAGCGCACUGCAAACGUAGUGUCCCUGGAACCCGGUGUUGAAUGUCUGGCUCUGGACCGAGAGUCUUUCAUCCAACUUAUCGGAGAUCUCCGAGAGCUGCAAGACAAACACUACGAUGACAGACUCCAGCUAAGACCACCACAGAGACUGUCCUGUAGAAAUGGAAGCAAAGCUCUGGAAGUGGACUCCGAGGUGAAGCCUAUUCAGCUGGACGAUCUCGAAGUGCUGGCCACGCUUGGCGUCGGAGGCUUUGGCCGCGUUGAACUGGUGCAGUAUGUACAGGACCGCAGCCGGACGUUCGCGCUCAAGUGCCUGACGAAGAAGCACAUCGUGGAAACGCAACAGCAGGAGCACGUGCUGAGCGAAAAGGCGCUCAUGAUGAGCAGUCGCCACCCGUUCAUCUGUCGCAUGUACAAGACGUUCCGAGACGAGAAGUACGUCUACAUGCUUAUGGAGGCCUGUCUCGGUGGGGAGGUCUGGUCGCUGCUCAGAGACAGGGGAGCGUUUGACGAGAACACUACAAGAUUUUACACGGGCUGCGUGUUGGAAGCGCUGCAGUAUCUCCACGACAAAAACAUCGUGUACCGAGACCUCAAGCCAGAAAACAUGGUCUUGGACUCGACAGGGUACGCCAAAUUGGUGGACUUCGGCUUCUCGAAGCGCGUGCCACCCGGCCAAAAGACGUGGACCUUCUGUGGCACACCCGAGUACGUCGCGCCAGAGGUCGUACUCAACAAGGGUCACGACCGCGCGGUGGAUUUCUGGUCUGUGGGCGUGCUCAUGUUCGAGCUGCUCGCAGGCGCGCCACCGUUUGCGGCCGAUGACCCGAUGAAGACGUACAACAUUAUCCUGCGUGGCAUCGACAUGCUCAACUUUCCGCGCACCAUGUCACGCAAUGCCGUGUCGCUCAUCAAGCGGCUCUGCCGCGAGAACCCAUCUGAACGGCUUGGCUACCAGAAGGGCGGCAUCAUGGACAUCAAGAAACACAAGUGGUUCCAGGGCUUUGACUGGGACGGAUUACAAGCACGAACACUCCAGCCUCCUUUUGAACCCCAGAUCCGAGGACCUGCAGACAGCUCAAACUUUGAUGUUUACCCCCGAAACUUUGAAAUACCGCCAGAUGAAACCUCCGGAUGGGACGAGGACUUUUAAUGAAAAACAUUUCUUCUACACCUCUUCUGAGUGCCCCUAAAAGCCCAGUGCAAACAGAAGUGUUUCUUCAGACGUG